UGGACACACACUGGCCGAUGUGUGUUGGAAUGGACUUGUCACGUCCUGUCACCUUGCAGAGAUGAUCAUCACACAGGCAGGAAAAGAGAAGCGAGGUCACAUGAGCAGCCCUCCCCUCCCCCUCCUCCCCGAUCGGCUGUGUGAUGAAGCCGGGACUGGAGGAGACACAUCUGGACCGAACCUCGUCCAUCCGACCGACACCUGACCUUCAUCCGUCCACCGAGGGGGGGCGAUCGGUGUCAGCUAUGGAGGGGCCACCUACCCAUGCUGGCCACUGACCGUCCAAUCCAUCCGCCGCAGCAUGGACUAUGAAGCUGCCCAGCUGGAAAAUCAACAUGUGCACAGCGUCUAUGAGAGCACAGCUCCAUACUUCAAUGAAGUGCAGAGUAAAGCUUGGCCGAAGGUUCGACAGUUUCUGCUGGAUCAAAAGCCAGGCAGUCUCAUUGUGGAUAUAGGUUGCGGUACAGGCAAGUACCUAAGUGUGAAUGCCGAGACGUAUAAUCUGGGCUGUGAUUACUGUGAGCCUCUAGUGGAGAUUGGUAGGAAUAACAACCUCGAGGUCAUGGUGUGUGACAACCUGAAUCUGCCUUUUAGAGACCAGUGCUUUGACACUGUCAUCUCCAUUGGAGUUAUUCAUCAUUUUUCCACCAAACAAAGAAGGAUCCGUGCAAUAAAAGAAAUGUCCAGAAUCCUGCUUCCAGGUGGUCAGAUAAUGUUAUAUGUAUGGGCCAUGGAACAAAAGAGCCGCAGGUUUGAAAAGCAAGACGUGUUUGUGCCAUGGAACAAAGCAUUGCUGACUCGAUGCACCUCUGACACAAGCCAAUGUGAAAGCAAACAGAAUUCAAAGCAGCACAACACAGCCUUGAAGUCAACGAGAGAGAAUGAGACCAUUAACUUACAUAAUCUGAAACACACACUGGAAUCGAAACAAGCGCACAAUUCUGGCAACUGUAUAGCAGCUGAAUCAUGCUGCAUUAAGUUUUCUAAUGAAGAAUCAAGACUCUACAGUGCCAUAGGAAAAUCGAUCCGGUCCUGGUUCUUCUCUCGAUCCCUUGAUGAGUCCUCCUUAAGGAGACAAAUUGACAAAAUGAAGUCUCUGAGCCCGGUCAGUGGUUGGGUGAAUAGUACUGUAUCUGUGCAGCCUUCUCGACACUGCAGUCUAGAUCUUGGACAUCAGAGAAUAAUACUCAAGGAGCACAGUUUUGAUGAUGAUGAUGUUUUCAUUAAAAACAGUUCCCAUGAAAAGCAGCAGUGGUUCCUAACUUUAGAUUCCUCAAAAACAGGAAAUGGAAGGCACUGUGAAGUGGCUCAGGAUGGCACAAAGCAAACCGGCUUUCAGACCGACUCUAAGCACUGCACUUGCAUUAGUAGCAAUGAGACUGAUAAGUGUACCCAAAGCAGAGUUCUAAAGAGAACAUCUACGACUGAUUCCAGCGAUUCAGUUCUGGAUGAAACGGUAGCCGCCAGCGAUCAGGAGGCUGAUACUUUAGACUCCAAGGAAUUUUUGAGAUAUUACCAUGUGUUCCGUGAAGGAGAAUUACGGAGUCUUUUGGAGAGUGAUGUCCCAGAACUGCAUGUUAUCAGUUGCUGCUUUGACCAUGGCAACUGGUGUAUAAUUGCAGAAAAGAAGUUAUCUUGUGUUGCAGACAGCUAAUAUUUACCAAGUUAGCUUGAAAGGAAUAUGAGAUCACUCAUUGCUGAAUUGCUUUUGGAGGUACAGUACAUGGUCCUGGGAUGUCCUCCUUAUCCUUUCUUGUGUGACAUUGAUUAAUUAGCAUCAUUUUAUGUGUAAAGCAAUUCCUUAAAGUGGAGGUUCACCC